GGGCAGAGCCUGUCAUCACAUUACUUAGACACAUCUCCGGAGGAUAGGAGUGCUGUAUACUGAUAUCCCCCCCACACCCCCGGAUUAUUCUAUACACUGACAUUAUACAAGAGCACUAUGGCUGGAUCCAUUCACAGCAUGAACUUCCUUCCCCUUCUUCUCCUGUGUGCUGUCUUCUGCUGGCAGAGGAGCCAAGCCCAAGAUGUAAACUUUCCUACAGCAAAGAACAUUAAAUGGACAUCUGUUAACUUUAAAACCAUUGUAGAGUGGGAAGGCCAACCUACCAAUUAUUCCUACACAGUGGAAAUAAGGAACACGCUUCUUGGUAUAUGGGAAAGGAAAUGUGUCUACACAAAAAACACAGAAUGUGAUGUCACAAAUCUGCUGAAUGUCAAUGCCACUUACAAUGUCCGCAUCACUUCAGAAAUUCAAUCAGAAGAUGUUCAAGCUGAAGAGUUUCCCUAUGCGGAUGGACCAGACUUUAAUCCUUAUGAGAAAACAAUCAUUGGAAAACCAGCCUUUGAAAGUUUUGGAUUUAAUGAAGAUCAUACUCAACUUAAAGUUGUUGUUAAGGAUCCGAUAACGCCCUACAGAUUCGCUAAUAAAACUCAUAAGACUGUCCGAGAUAUAUUUGGAAAAGACUUCCAGUAUACACUUUUUUACAGGAAGGCUGGCAGCACAGGAAAGAAGGAAGCAUCUUCUGCAACCAAUGAAAUUGUUAUCAGCACAUCCAAAGGGGAAGGCUAUUGCUUUUUUAUUCGGGCAACCAUUCUGUCUCGCAAAAUAGACCGUUACAGCCAAGACUCUGAUGAAAAAUGCGCCUCGUCUGAAGGCAGUAGUGAAUUUGAUUUUACUAUUCUGGUUGCUGUAAUCGUAGCAGUUGUCCUGGUCAUAGUUAUUAUAAUUUUGACACUGAUCGUGUGCUUGUGUAGAAAGAAGAAGAAACAAGAAGAAAAGACGAAGGAGACACAGCCACUAAACAUUGUAUAAAUCCCAGCUCAGAUGACUGUCUGUGUUGACUACUGCUAUAUGACUGCACAGUACCCACUACUGCAGAGGAGUGGAGCAAGACUCUGAGUAGUGUAGGAUGAUCUUAGUUUCUAUGAAACAUUAAGUUAUGUUAUUUGUAGUCAGUUCUGACUUAAAUCUUUUAUUUUGUGAAUAUCAUGCAUUCCUUUUUGUGAUAUGUUUCAACACUAAACAAUUUUAUUUUUAUAAAUAAUAAUUAUAAUAUGGAUUUAGAUGAGUUUAAAUGGUUUGGGUAAAUCGGUUGUAGAAAGCCUAGUGCAAGUAUGCUUUAUAAUAAUUUAUUAAUUAUUUGUAGUAAUAGCUGUAAAAAAUUGUGACUUGAAAGCACUACCGAAAAACACUACCAAGGGUACAAAGUAUAAUGUGGUGAAAGGACAUGGUACAGAAGAAUAUGGUACAAGAAAUGUCUUUCCUCACAAUAUAGUUAUUUAUUUUUUCCUACGAUUUUGUUCUAUGCAGUAAGCCUCAGAAAGCAAUUCACAGCAGUCAAAUCUGAAUUCUGAUUGGCUUCAGUGGGUUUCUUUCUAAAUUGAAGCCCUAGAGAUAUUGCCUUAUACACAUUGGAAGUUGGUGUGGCUUGUACACCACACUUCUUUAUUACCUCCUGUUAAUUAUUACUUUCUGAGCUGUGCUUAUGCAACAACUGGAAUGCUCCAGGUUGUUUGACUUAUUUCUGCAAUGUUUCAUUAGCAGUGGAUGUAGAGUUUACAGCCUGCUAUGAAUUUCCUGUUGAAGGGAAACUGACACCCAUUUUCAAAAUACACUAUCACUAAGAUGUGAAAUCUGGAGUUUUUAUUGGUUGUACCAUUGGUGGUAUCAAUAAAAGUGUCAGUCCAACCACUUGUUUAAACUGCCUAACAGGGCCUUCUGUGCCUCAAGGACUCAAAUGAUUAAACCUCUUUGUGAGCUCUAAAAUCUAUACUGCAAAAUAUAUUUUUUAUUUUGCAAUAAAUUACAAUGUAAUUGUAGAAUUGUCUUUCAUUCCCUUUGUGAUAAGGCAGGCCCUUGCACAACAUAGUUGUUGGUAGCUCUAAAGAGGAUUGUACGAUCAGUUUGUAAUGUGUAUGGGAACAGCUCAAGGUGGGCAGAACCAAAGUGGGUGAAAUAAGGGCAGUAACUGUGGCAGUGUGAUCUCACUGUUGGGAUCCCAACACAAUAAACCAGUAGAUGACCCCGCUCACUAGACAACAGCAGUGAGUGAAAUAUCACCUUUAAGUUGACUGACCCUUUAAGUAUGGCUGAGCUACCAGUAAAGACUAUGUUUAAACUUUCAUUAGUUUAUGAAGGGAAACUGACAAAAUUCCUUUUUUUCCAAAAAUUCAGAUGCAAAAAUCUGAAUAGGCUUUGUUCACUGCCUUGUAGCUAGUAUGUGAAAGUGGGCUUCACACUAAACGCCAUCAUAACUUAACCCAACUAUUUCCACCUUGGAAACAUUAACAGUAAAUCGAGAAACAAAUAGGACCAAAUAUUUAAUAAAUAU